GUCGCUGGCGCCUGCCUCGGCCCCCGCCCCUUCCGCUUAGGCUCUCGCUGUACUUCCGGUCAGCGAGGCCUCUUCCUCCGCUGGUCCGCCGGCUGGACCACCCCCCCCUCCCGUUCUUCAGGUCUUCUCGGAGCCGCGCCGGUCCCUCAGUGCGUCUCUUCGGAAGCCCGCGCUCGCUCCUCGUCGCACGCGUCGCUGAGGCUCGCGGGGCCGGUUGGGGACGGGCCUGCUGCGCGCGUCGAAGGCCCCGCAGCUCCGUUGAGGCCGCCGCGCUGCCGGGAUGCCGCGGCCGGGGUCGGCGCCGCGCUGGGCGGUCGCCGCGGGCCGUUGGGGAUGCAGGCUGCUUGCGCCGCCGCUGAUGUUGAUACUGCUGCUGCUGCUGCCGCCGGGCCCGAGCGGCGCCUCCGAGAUCACCUUCGAGCUGCCCGACAAUGCCAAGCAAUGCUUCUACGAGGACAUCACUCAGGGCACCAAGUGCACCCUGGAGUUCCAGGUGAUCACUGGUGGUCACUAUGAUGUAGAUUGUCGAUUGGAAGAUCCCGAUGGUAAAGUCUUAUACAAGGAGAUGAAGAAACAGUAUGACAGUUUCACCUUCACAGCCUCCAGAAAUGGGACAUACAAAUUCUGCUUCAGCAAUGAGUUUUCUACUUUCACACAUAAAACAGUGUAUUUCGAUUUUCAAGUUGGAGAAGACCCACCUUUGUUUCCUAGUGAGAACCGAGUCAGUGCCCUUACCCAGAUGGAAUCUGCUUGUGUUUCCAUUCAUGAAGCUCUGAAGUCCGUCAUCGACUAUCAGACUCAUUUCCGACUGAGGGAGGCUCAAGGCCGAAGCCGAGCAGAGGAUCUAAAUACAAGAGUGGCCUAUUGACACAGUGUGGAUACAGAUCAAGACUGCCAUGAGUCAGAGACCAGGAAAUUGAAAGAUGUGUCCUUGCAUGGUUUUGUGGAGCAUGACAAUAAAACAGGGCAGCCAACAGGAGAGCAGGAGGGAGCUGAGGCAAAGGGAGAGAUGCCUGAGGAGGACGUUGAAGAAGAAGUGUUCCUCAAAUUCGUGAUACUGCAUGCAGAACAUGACACAGAAGAGGCCCUCAGAGUCCAGGAUCUACUGCAGAAUGACUUUGGUAUCAGGCCUGGGAUAAUUUUCGCCGAGAUGCCGUGUGGCAGAAUGCAUUUGCAGAAUCUAGAUGAUGCUGUAAAUGGGUCUGCUUGGACGAUCUUGUUACUGACUGAAAACUUUCUGAGAGACACCUGGUGUAACUUCCAGUUCUACACGUCCCUGAUGAAUUCUGUGAACAGACAGCACAAGUACAAUUCUGUCAUACCCAUGCGGCCCCUGAACAGCCCCCUUCCUCGGGAAAGGACUCCCUUGGCGCUACAGACCAUCAAUGCCUUAGAAGAAGAAAGCCAAGGCUUUUCUACGCAAGUGGAGAGGAUUUUCCAGGAGUCUGUGUAUGAGCGGCAGCAAGCUAUAUGGAAAGAGACACGGAGUGUGUUGCGAGGACAGUUCAUUGCCUGAGAUGAAGCACACACCCGGCUGGCUCCUGUUCUGUAAACAAAAUGAUUCAUCCUCACAGGAGAAAGCUGUGUCUAAGAAAUGCUUCUAUUUGAGUGGGUCUGCUUCCAAGAAAUCUGUGGAGCACAAGAAAGGUACAUUUCUGCAGGCCUAGGAUUGUAGAACUCUCUGAUGGUAAACUCAAGAUGGCCAGUUUCUAGCACUCUUUUUUUUUUUGUAGUUUUCAUAGUUCAUGAAUAUUCUUAACUCAUUUCUUUUGUUGAACCGUGGACAGGUGUGUAUGAUAGCCAUUUUCAAAAUACGAAGUUAAAAAUCCUAAAAAGACAUGAAGAAAACGGCUCUGACCGUGAGAGGUCUGACUACCUUCUUUCCUGCUUCCAUCAUGAAUGUUACCACAAAGCAUCCUGAUGAAACCUGGACGGCCAGACUGGGACAUGUGCAGUGUGGAUGCACACAAGUUGUAGAUCAGAAGGAGACGUCAGAACAGUCAGGCUUUUGAAAACAAUCCAGCCACAUGUGGUUUUGUUUCUGCUGGAGUUCCCGCCACAAAUUAGCAAUCCUUUUGAGAGUGUGGCAGCUAGGGACUCUGUGGAGCUGUCCCCUGGCCUUGUUAGUUGCCAUCUGUAACUAGGGUUUUAUUUGCAGAGCUUGUGAAUGGUGUGUGAUUCACUAGCUGUUUGCUUGUAAAAAUCAAUAACCUCUUAUGUUAGCCUUUAGAAAUGUCCCUCACACACUGUGUUUGACUUGGGGAAGCUUGGUGGUCAGACUGUGAGUAUGUGUGUGUGUAUGUGUGGUGUGGUGUGU